GUGAAGUGUGGGCGAACUGACCCAAGUGCUGCUGAACGUUCUUCAGUGGCUUGUUGUUGGUCAGGUAGGGACCGACCAUGUUCGGUAAUAGUCAGUGUCUUUGGUACUUCUCUAGCGCUGUUCAGUAUCUCCCCAAAGCUUCCCAAAUACCUCCUACGGACCCUAGCGCAGAUGCAUGCUCAUUAA